ACGACAGGCAGGGUUGGAGGUUCGUUCGGACUCGGUCGAACUCGACAUCCGAAGAGGGGGGUACUGUUGUCAUUCGUCAGGGCUGUGUGUCGAGCUUUUGUCCAGGAGAAAUGGCUGGGAUUAAAGCUCUCAUCAGCCUGUCUUUUGGAGGGGCCAUUGGCCUCAUGUUCCUCAUGCUAGGAUGUGCCCUCCCUGUGUACGACAAAUACUGGCCUUUGUUCCUCCUCUUCUUCUACAUCCUCUCUCCCAUCCCUUACUGCAUCUCGCGGCGGGUGGUCGAUGACACAGACUCUGCCAGUAACGCCUGCAAAGAGCUGGCCAUCUUCCUCACGACGGGCAUCGUCAUCUCAGCCUUCGGCCUGCCCAUCAUCUUCGCACGAGCUGAAGUAAUUGCCUGGGGGGCGUGUGCGCUCGUGCUAACGGGUAACAUAGUCAUCUUCGGGACCAUCCUGGGCUUCUUCAUGGUCUUCGGAUCCAACGACGACUUCAGUUGGCAGCAGUGGUAAAACAGCAGAGGGAGGGGGACCUUAGUCGGAACUGUUUUUAUUAGCGUUACAAUUAUUAUUAUGGUAUUACUGUUUGGUUCUUGUUAUUGUUAUUUAUAUGAUGACCACCCAUCCAUAGACUCACACCAAACCAGUGCAAUACUUUCUUUUUCUUCUUCUUCUUUUUGUACCGCCUGCAUCAUAUUGAACUGACACAAGUGGGAUGGAAAAUGCUGACUUUCAGUUGGAUUUUUACUCAUUUUAGCUAUGCUCUUUUGACUUCUGUGUUUUAGAAUUUUUGUUCUCAAUUUGUUUGUUUCAUUUUGAGCAUUGUAGGCUGAUGAACGCUGGUGAACAACUGCUUAUUUUAUUUGUGAAAAAAACAUGUUACAAUGAAUCCAAUUGAAUGUCGAACAAGGCCUAACAUGUCUUGGCUCCUUUCUCUAUUUAGUAGACACUCCGAAAAGCUCUGGAAGAAGCUUUCUCUACACGGACAGUACAGAUGGGGGUACAUUUCCAGGCAUAGUGCUGAGUUGAGUGUAAAUCAGCAGAAUUCUGAUAGUAGAUCUGCACAGUCAAGCUCAGAUUUCACCACUCAAGAUGAGGAAAAGCUCAGUUUCCAUUUGGCUCGAGUCUUAUUAGAUUGAAACUGUGUCUAUUUCUUUUCUCACAGAAGGUGAAAAUUCAGCUGAUAGCACACAGACUUUUAAUAAGCUUUCUGCUAAUGUAAUGCUACCAUCGCGAAGCUGUGAAAGUCUAGAAGAUCAGUGUGUGUUUGUCAAAGAGCUGGGCUGUUACUGCCACCAACCCUUCUCAUCAUUUGAACCAUGUUACAUGUAAAUGUAAAUCAGUUGUCUUUCCAGCAUUAUGUUUCUGUUUGGUACCAUGAUGGAAAUACGUAAUAUGUUAUCUCUUCAGUUUAUUCAAUGUCUGCAAUCCGUAAAAGUCAUUUAUUAUCACGCAAAGUAAGGAGACUGUGUUCAUGAGCAGCAGCGUGUUUGUUUCCUCUCUGAACUUAGAGGAUAGGAUUUAUCCAAACACAGCAGAGAUCAAAUUAAACCUGACUGGGUGACACCUGGAUGCAGGCUGCUUAUUCACUCUUAUUUUACCUCACUCUAUGUAAGGGUAAGCGUCGCCGGGUCAGGUCAAGAAAGCAUGAAAAGCCUUUAGUAGCCGCCAGCUAGCAUAGGAUUAGCUUGAGAACAGCAGCCUUGUAGGAAACUGAGCCAAGCUAAGAACUAGGUGACUUAAAAUAAAUAUAUAACCAAGGCUUGGUCAGUCACUAACAGCCCUUAAGCUUUUAAAUGUGACUCCU